AUGCACUUCACCUAUCUUCCUCCGCCCGCUCAUCUCAUUCCCCGCUGCCGCGACGCUCCCCCUCCGAAGAAAUCCUGCCUUGUCAAUGUGGAUGAGGACCUGGAGGAGCUCCCAUCUGACGAACCCUUCGUCCGGAAGCCUGUCCACUUCGCGGAUGAUGUGGACCUCGUUCAGGUGAGAGUGAUUACAGCCCGUCACCUCCCCCCGCGUUGCUGGCGUGAGAACACCCCGCUCCUCGGGAGGGUGGCUGAAGACAACCAGAAGUUGAAAUCACCGAAACACCGAGGACCCAAAGCACGCUCUGCUCGGCCGCACGUGCGAUGUCCCGGUCGUUUCGGUGCUGCGUAUGCCACUGAGCCCAGUUAUCCCCGGUUCGAACCUUCCUCGGAUGGUUCCCAGGCUACGCCUGGAGCCGAUUGUUUUAUUGGUGCGACAAUUUCCUUCCGUGGGCAACCACCAGUGACAGCUGAGUGCGGACCACUGCCAGUGAUCCUUCAGGGAUUAACCAUUGAACAUGCCAUUGACGGUUCACAUGCUCCGGCUUUUGACAUGUCGAAAUUGUCAAGUGCGCUUCCUGCGAGGCACACCCUCGAUAUGUCAGCGCUGCAGCAUGCACUCCCUGAUCUGGAGGCUCCUGGGACCGCAUUCCAGAUGGCUGCACUGGUGGAAGCCCUGCCCAAUCUAGACGGAUCAUGCUCCUCUGGUACAUCGCCCCUGUCGCCUGUACCCAAGUCCUUGGCUGCGCCAUUCACAUCCCACUCUCCUGAGGCUGGACAUUCACGUGUGGUCGUCCAAACCCGCGUCCAGGUCGGGCCCAUGGUCCGCGCCUGGUCCAGCCACCUCAGUUGGGUCUUGUUUGUGCUGGCGUUUAUCUUCCCAAGACUUGCGCCAGCCAUGCCAGCCGUAUAUGCGUUCAUCCUGAUCGCUGCGGCGUGUACCUGA